CUUUAUAGAAAAGAGAGAGAGAAACGGUUAUGGAGCGAGGGUCUGACCUUCGCCGAGUGGCAUGCUAACAUCACCACCGUGUCAGCUACUCACGCGACUAUCAUAUCUUAACUAGUAGGUCUGCGAUUUCGCUGCUUUAAUUUUCUCUCUCAGUUUUCUCCUUGGACCACUCGCCGUUAACGUCCUUUUUUUUCCCGGUGACCUCCUAAAUAUCUUGACUGAUCUUAACCUUUGUUCCAAGAUUGAUCCGAUCAAUCUCUACCUUUCAGAUUAUUAUCAAUUUCCUAUAUAUAUAUAUUUUUUUUUUUAAUUUUCAGAAUUUUUAAUCAACUUGAUCGCAUUUUGACUCGCUGAAUUCAGAUCUCGUUUCUGCUCUUGGUUGAUUUUUUUUUCUUCUUCCUGUAAUUGGUGUUGUUUUGAUCCGAUACUGUUUAUUUUCUGUUUUAUUUAUUUAUUUAUUUGUUUGUUUCAGAUCAGUUUGAUUUUUUGCAUGUAUUUGAGCAAUUUUAGUUCAAAUUUCUUCCAAAAUCAGAGUGGAAGCAAAUUUACUUUGAUAAUUUAAAUCUUUUGAUUUUUAGAUUUUCUUAAAAUCUUUUCCUGAUAGAGAGAUUUAUAUAUACACACAUAUACAUAUAUCUAUAGAGAGAAAGGGGCUGAAACUUGAAAGGGAGAUAUGACGUCGGGGACGAGGUUGCCGACAUGGAAGGAGAGGGAGAACAACAAGAGGAGAGAGAGGAGGAGGCGAGCAAUUGCAGCGAAGAUCUUCGCUGGUCUUCGGAUGUACGGCAACUACAAACUGCCCAAGCACUGCGACAACAACGAGGUCCUCAAAGCUCUCUGCAACGAGGCCGGUUGGACCGUCGAACCCGACGGCACCACCUACCGUAAGGGAUGCAAGCCGUUUGAACGCAUGGACAUUGUGGGUGGAUCUGCAUCAGCAAGCCCAUGCUCAUCAUAUCAACCAAGCACUUGCACUUCCUUCAAUCCAAGCCCAGCCUCUACUUCCUUCCCAAGCCCUACCUCAUCCUCUUAUGUUGCUAACGCUAAUGCAGACGGUAGUUCUCUCAUCCCAUGGCUCAAAAGUUUCUCGUCUGCAUCCUCAUCGGCCUCCUUCUCCAAGCUUCCUUAUCUCUACAGCAAUGGUGGCUCUAUAAGUGCUCCUGUCACUCCUCCACUGAGCUCCCCAACUGCCCGAACCCCUCGAAUCAGAAGUGACUGGGAUGACUCUUCUGCUCGCCCAGUCUGGGCUGGGCCUCAGUACCCAUUCCUUCCAUCUUCCACCCCACCAAGCCCUGGCCGUCUGAUCCUUCCAGAUUCAGAGUGGUUUGCUGGUAUUCAAAUCCCCCAAAGCGGGCCAACUUCUCCAACAUUCAGUCUCGUCUCUUCAAACCCAUUUGGCUUCAAGGAAGAGGCUCUAUCAGGUGGUGGUUCUCGCAUGUGGACUCCAGGGCAGAGUGGGACUUGCUCUCCUGCUAUUGCACCAGGCUCUGAUCAUACUGCUGAUGUUCCGAUGUCUCAAGUAAUUUCUGAUGAGUUUGCUUUCGGAAGCAAUACAGCAGGGCUAGUAAAGCCAUGGGAAGGAGAAAGGAUUCACGAGGAAUGUGUCUCAGAUGAUCUCGAGCUUACUCUUGGGAGCUCAAGGACCAGAUAGAGGAAUCCACAAGGGAGAAGGUCAAUGGUUAUGUGACGUGAAGUUUUAGUCCGUUGAUGAUGUUCAAGAGCUCCCAUGGAAAGAAUAGAAAAUGGAUGAAGACGACACUCUGCUUCCCUCUGUUAUUUUUUUUUUUUCUUCCUUUAAAAUUAUGUAUAGCUCUUCAAAGGUUGAAGUGGUUUUGCAACCCUUUAUUUGAUCAUUUCUUCUUCUAGUUUAGAUAUUUGUGAAAGCUCUGAGAUACAGGAAGGAUUGGUUGUCACUGAGUUCUGGUUUGCCUUUUGAAAGCAAUGUUAUUAGAUUUAAA